CUCAAAAAAAAAAAAAAAAAAUCUUUAUAAAAAAUAAUAAUAAUACUCAGUUUCACUAACCAAACUCGGCAUGGCUUAAGAGAUAGUGGAUUUGGGGUUAGAGAAAAGGAAAGGGGUUUGGAGCCACAAAGUGCAGCGCAUACGGUCCUCACUGCCUUUGAUGCCCUGUGGUUAUGCGCAAGCCAGAUUUGGGGGCAGGCUUUUUACAGAAGCUUGUUUCAUGACUGGCCUCUACUCCAUGAUUGGAUUGGGAGGUCUAGUUUGAUCUAGGACUCCUCACAACCAUCUCCUGCUCCCUGACUGCGCCCCUCCCCAAAGGCUUGUUAUAGACCAACCCAAAUCACUGUUACUAGGCCAGCUUCAAUACCUUCAGGUAUCAGAAAAACUGAUGUUAUUUAGUUAUGACUCUAGAAGGUUGGGAGCUUUCUCUUCCUGAGGACAAUUUGUGGAUGCCUCCUUAGAGUUGUGAUCAGCAAGGGCAGUGUGGGGAGCACACAUAGGGGUUAAGAGCGCUGAUUCUGGAGCCAGAAUUCCUAGUUCAAAUUCUGGCUUUGCUAUUUGUAGCUCUGUGACCUUUAGAAAUUGUAUAGCUCUCUUUGCCUCAGCUUUCUCAUCACUCAAACGGAGAUGGUAAGAGUACCCAUCUCAUAAGGUUGUUGUGAGGGUUAAAUAAAUUAAUACAUUGAUGUAUUUAGAACAGUGACUGACACUCCAUACAUAAUUGGUGUUACUGUGCUGGUCAGAUCUCAGCACCGACUUCUUCAUGACUGAACCUGGUGUCUCUCUGUGGAGGCCCUGUACUGGUUUGAGCUUCUGUCUUGAUGUUAGAGAGAUAGGCGCAGCUUUUGAAUAGUAUAGAUUUUGCAUGUAGUGAGAACAUCUUCGUUAAACUGUUUAAACUGAUGUUAAAAUGCCCAUGAUUUCCUGUUUGAAGUUGUGAGGUUUUAGAGUUAUCUUUGUAGUUGAGCUAUAACAAUAGUAGUGCUUAUUGAGCACAUUCUGUGUCUGGCACUGUUGUAAGUGCUUUAAAUGUAUUAACUAAUUUAAAUUUUUAAAAAGAUUUCAUUUAUUUAUUUGACAGAGAGAUAGCGAGAGCAGGAACACAAGCAGGGGGAGUGGGAGAGGGAGAAGCAGGCUUCCUGCCGAGCAGGGAGACCAAUGCGGGGCUCGAUCCCAGGACCCUGGGAUCAUGACCUGAGCUGAAGGCAAACGCUUAACAACUGAGCCACCCAGGCGCCCCAAUUUCAUUUUUAUAACAACCCUACAAGCAAAUACUUCCAUUGUCCCCAUUUUAUAGAUGAGUAAAUAGAGGUACAGAGUGGUUAAUUUGUUCAAGGUCACCCAGCUAGUAAGGGGCAGAGCUGAGAUUUGAACUCAGACUAUCUGGCUUCAGCAAUUGAGCUUCCUUUUUUUUUUGAUUUGGUAUGAAAUUAACUCUUUAUUGAAUAUGCCUAGUGGCAAUUUGUAUCUCUUGUUUGUCAUGAUGGUUAGAUUGUAGUAAACUUUUUUGAUUUAUUUAAAAACUGUUUUAGAAGCUGAGCUCUUCAUCACAGCUCUCUCCUUCUCAGAUAUAAAAACUGGUGCAGGGACUGUGGGAGGGAGCCCACUGCCCUGUUAGCCAAAUCUGGACUCUCUCUUCAUGAUUCAGCUUGGUGACUGCCCUUUGGAAAACCUUGGACCUGGGUUGGGGCUUUCCAGACAGAAGAGGAAUCCUUCUGGUUUUUCCUUGCCAACAUGGUGCCCUCUCAGCACAAGCAGUACUUGCUGCUAUAUUUGCUCUCCCCUCUCUGCGCUGACCAACCAGAGGGCCCUGUCACCUGGGGCCAGCCAGCUGGACUCACUGGUUGGCGGGGGGCGUGCUGCCCUUCCGCCUGGCCUGAUCUGUGGAUGGGAGAAGGCCCCCGAGGGUCUAGUGGAGCUGUUGGCUAGAGGAAGUGGAGGGGCCACGGGAUGCGGAGAGCCGAGGGCUAACUGUGGGACAGCGGAACAGAGAGAGCUGCCGACAGUCAGACGGCUCUUGCAGCAGGAGAAUGAGGAGCUCCGUCGGCGCCUGGCCUCGGCCACCAGGCGCACCGAGGCCCUGGAGCGUGAGCUGGAGAUCGGGCAGGACUGCUUGGAGCUGGAGCUGGGCCAGAGCCGCGAGGAGCUGGACAAGUUUAAGGACAAGUUCCGCAGGCUUCAGAACAGCUACACGGCUUCUCAGAGGACCAACCAGGAGCUGGAGGACAAGCUGCACACGCUGGCCUCUCUUAGCCACAACUGGAUCUUUGCAAUCAAGAAGGCUGAGAUGGAUAGGAAGACGCUGGACUGGGAGAUCGUGGAGCUGACCAAUAAGCUGCUGGACGCCAAGAACACCAUCAACAAGCUGGAGGAACUCAACGAGCGGUACCGGCUGGACUGCAACCUGGCUGUGCAGCUCCUCCAGUGCAACAAGUCCCACUUCCGCAGCCACAAGCUCGCCGAUCUGCCCUGUGAGCUCCAGGACAUGGUCCGGAAACACCUGCACAGUGGUCAAGAAGCUGCCGGCCCGGGCCCCGCCCCUAGCCUGGCCCCGGGGGCCGUGGUGCCCACGUCGGUCAUUGCCCGAGUGUUAGAGAAGCCGGAGUCUCUGCUGCUCAAUUCGGCGCAGUCGGGCAGUGCCGGGCGCCCCUUGGCUGAGGAUGUCUUUGUGCACGUGGACAUGAGUGGGGGUGGCCCGGGUGACCCAGCCAGUCCCCCGGCCCCUGGCAGCCCCCCGCCGCAACCCAAUGGAGAAUGCCGCUCUCUGGGCACUGCUGGGGCCUCCCCAGAGGAGGAGGUGCCCCUGCCAGCCUUCGAGAAGCUGAGCCCCUACCCCACCCCGUCCCCACCACACGCGCUGUAUCCCGGCCGCAAGGUAAUAGAGUUCUCUGAGGAUAAGGUGCGAAUCCCCCGCAACAGCCCCCUGCCCAACUGCACUUACGCUACCCGCCAGGCCAUUUCCUUGAGCCUGGUGGAGGAGGGCGUGGAACGGGCCCGCCCCAGCCCAGUGCCCAGCAGCCCCGCCUCGGCCCAGGCCUCGCCCCGCCACGAGCCCAGCCCUGUCCCCCCGGCACGCAGCGCCCCAGCCAGCUCUGCCGGCUCGGAGGAGGACCUGCUCGCCAGCUGGCAGCGGGCCUUUGUGGACCGCACCCCGCCCCCGGCCGCUGUGACCCAGCGCACAGCCUUUGGACGCGAUGCACUCCCUGACCUGCAGCGCCAUUUUGCUCUGAGCCCCACUGACAGAGAUGAGGAGGUUCUGGCACCUUCUUCCCCACCUGGUGAGAGUGGGCUUUUGCUGCCCACGGAAGCUGACUGUGGCCCUCCCAGGGAGGAGGAGGAAGAGCUGAACCUGCCCGUCAGCCCUGAGGAAGAACGCCGGAGUCUGCUGCCCGGUGAUAACGGCACAGAGGAGGGGCCUGUCGCUUCCCACGCCGAGGGCAGGGCCUGGGCACUCCCCAGCUCCAGCCGCCCCCAGCGCAGCCCCAAGAGGAUGGGGGUGCACCACCUGCACCGCAAGGACAGCCUGACCCAGGCCCAGGAGCAGGGCAACCUGCUCAACUAGGGCCCCCGCUUGCCUUCCUGCCACCGCUGCCCUGGGACCGCGGGAGGCCCCCCGCCCCCGGAGCCCUCCUCCCUCAGGCCGGCUCAGCUCUGCUCCUUGUGCGGGGCAGGGGCAGGGGCAGGGGCAGGGCCGGCCACACCGGGCCUUUUAGCUGCAUUGACUAUGACUGGCACCAGCUUGCCUCGUAGUUUUUCCCUUUUUUCUUGGAAUAUGUACUCCCCAAAGGCAACCUGCAGCUGGGGCUCAAGACCCUUCUUCCGGUCAGCCCAAAUUGGGCUGUUCUGGGGCGCUGAAGGAUCUGUUACAUCAGUGUUCAUCCUCCAUCUCCCUUUCAUACCCCAAAUUGUUUUCUUGUUUGUUUUCUGGGGGGCGGGGGGGCGUCGUUGGGAUUAUUAACCUCUAAUUUCUGUUUUCCGCCUGCUUUCCUCCCCUCAAGUCCUCUGCACGAGCUGUUGCCUUCAAGGGGCCCUUGGGGGAUGGGCGAGAGGACUCACUCAGGGCUCGCCUCUGCUGUGUCCAUCCUCCCUCUGGAAGGGAGGAGAGGGAGGGAUUCAGGGGCCUCAAGCUGGGCUCUAGGUGAGGCCUGGCCCCCUCCCAACCUUGGCUCUAGACUGUUACUCCCAGCUUUGGGAAGUUUUCACAUCGAUGACUAUUUUAAAAUUAAAAUUAUUUUACUGAUACGG